GUUGUUUAAAAUAAAUCAUAAAUUAAUAAAAUAUCAGUUAAAUUGUGUGGGCCUAAGAAUAAUAUGCUUGGUCAUAGGCACAUCCACUAUUGAAAGGGAGAACAUGAAUUUUAUUAAUUGAAUUCUAACUUAUUUUUGAACAGGAAUUUUAUCAAUUGAAUUCUAACUUAUUUUUAUUUUAUAUCUUAUUGUAUUAGCACUUACUAAGGUUUCCAUUGGGAGAAUUCAAUGAAGAAUAGUCAUCCACGUCGAAUGGAAUAAAGGAUUCACAGAGUCAAAUUUGUAAAGUACAAGGAAAGCAGUAAAUCAGUCCUUUAUAUACCUGCUGCCAUACCAUAUUCAUCUCACAAACAACAGAAGGGAGUCUGAAAGGAAGAGAGAUGGACAAGGCUCAGAACAUCCUGUUUUCACUUUUUCUAUGUUUUUCGUUAGUUCCUAAUCUUUUAUACAUCAGUACUCUUUAUCUGAAACCAGGCAGACGGCCUGAGCUGGACGGGAAAGAUGCAGCAGAAGUGAGAGCUGUUGCAUCUAUCUGGUGUUCAGGUCAUGGACGGGCCUUCUUGGAUGGCUUCAGUAUUGAUGGGAAACUGAUUUGUGAGUGCAAUGCAUGCUACAGAGGCCAUGACUGCUCAGAAUUGUUACCGGCAUGUGUUGUUGAUGCUGAUAAUGGUGAUCCUCUGUUCCUAGAGCCCUUUUGGGUGCAGCAUGCAGCAAAUGGUACCAUUGCAGUGCCUGGAUGGCAUCGUAUAAGCCAUCACUUCAAUGAUGGUUUGCUGAUCUCAAAUGAACUCAAGACACGAAUCCGCAAACUCCAUGAAGUUACUGGCAAUGCAGUUACGAAGGAAAGGUUCAUUAUUUUUUGGAGCUGGUGCAACCCAACUUCUCAAUGCUGCAGUGCAGUUCAUGCUCUUUUGUCUUCUGAUCCAUCUCUUUCAAGGGUCGUAGCUUCCACCCCACACUAUCCUGAGCAAAUGGAGUUCUUUAAUUCCUCAGGAUAUAAGUUUGAUGGAGAUACUUUCUUGUACAACAAUCAAAUAGAUUCUGAAGGGAAUUUCAUUGAGUUUGUGACCUCACCAAAUAAUCCGGAUGGUCAAUUAAAGAAAGGAGUUCUUCGAGGUCCAUUCAUGAAGAGAAUCCAUGACCUUGCCUACUAUUGGCCACAUUAUACAGCCAUCCCAGCUCCUGCGGAUGAAGAUCUCAUGAUAUUCACUCUCUCCAAACUUACUGGACAUGCAGGCAGCAGAUUUGGGUGGGCAAUAAUAAAGGAUGAGUUUGUAUAUCAAAGGAUGCUAACAUAUAUGCUUCUCAGUACCUACGGUGUUUCUCGAGAGACUCAGCUAAGAGUCUUGAAACUGCUAAAUGGAGUACUAGAAAGCAAAGGAAGGGAACUUUUUUAUUUUGAAUACCAGACGAUAAGGAAUCGUUGGAAACAGUUGAGCAGGAUUUUAUCCAUGUCCAAGCUAUUCUCCGUCCAGGAACUAGAUCCUCUACUCUACUGUUCCUAUUAUGAGAAGCUGAGAGGACCUUCUCCAGCUUUUGCACGGCUGAAAUGUGAGAGGGAAGAAGAUGAAAAUUGCAAUGCAGUGCUUAAAUCAGUGAAUGUCACUGGACGUAAUGGCAGUUUGUUUAGUGCCAAGAGUCGGUCUGUGCAUCUCAGCCUGGUGAAGGGUCAGGAUGACUUUGAUUUGCUUCUAGAGAGGAUGGAGAUGUUGGUUUCUGAAGAUAAAAGCAGCAAAACCAGGGAACAAAGUGAAAGUAUUGCUAAUGUGUCGGUAUGGAAUGCUAGCUACCAUCUUGAAGGAUUUGCAUCUGAGUUUAAGGAAAGAUCAGAAGGAUUACUCGAUUUUGAUUCAAUUUUGUAGCUAGGGAUUAUAUUCCUCUUUAUUAUUUUCUUGUACUUCAAGGUAGGGGGAUUCACUCAAAUGUCCUUCAGUAUACAUAUACAUGGUAACCUAUACAUUUAGUGGUAGAAAACAGUAAUGGAGAUUGACAUAUAGAAAUAAAAAUCCAUGUCGUCU